AGUCAGUUUGCGGUUCUCGUCAGCGGUAGCAGUAUUAAACAGAGUCGGAAAAAUGUCUUCAACCCAAAAGGAUACAACUUUUACAAAAAUUUUUGUCGGAGGCUUGCCUUAUCAUACGACUGAUGAAACUUUACGAGAUUUCUUUAUCCAAUUCGGAGAAAUAGAAGAGGCAGUAGUGAUCACAGAACGGUCAACUUCAAAAAGUCGCGGUUAUGGUUUCGUGACAAUGGCUGAUAGACUUGGCGCAGAGAGAGCUUGUAAAGACCCUAACCCGAUUAUCGAUGGUCGAAAGGCAAAUGUGAAUUUAGCUUAUCUAGGUGCCAAACCUCGUGUAGUAGCAGGUUCUCCACUCGCCCUCGCCGCCGCCGCAGCCAAGCUAAACUAUCCUACUUUACACUCUCAAAUUGUCGCUGGUUUACCGCAAUACUUCUACGCUGCGUCAUCACCUUAUGUUACAACGCCAGGAAUUUUGUCUGUAGCGCCCCAUUCGCCACUCUCGCCAACUGCAACAGCAACAAGUCCUCUCCUGGAAUAUUCAGGUGUUGCUGCUGCUGCUGCUGCGGCUAAUGCUUCGUCUUUGAACACAACAGCAGCUACAGCUUCUCAACUUCCUACAGGAUAUGAGGCCGCUGCAGCUGCAUAUCAAUACGCAUACGCAGCUCCUUAUACUUAUGCAACUGUACCACAACAACUGACUGCUGCUGCCGCACUUCCAACAGCCUACCAAGCACAAGCAGCAGUGAAUUUGGCUGCCGCUCAUUCUCAAGCAGCCGCUGCGGCAACCGACAGAAUUCAGUAA